CAAGAGGAGAAGACACAACAAAAUUGCAUGUUCUUCACUUCUGGCUUCAUCUGAUCUGGUUUCUCCCAAGAAGACAGAUUUGUUUUCUGUUUACCUAUAAACAUUUAUUUUGAUCUGCGAUCAAAGCUCUAAAUAUGAGACUUGGAGUCGUGUCAUUUCUGGUUCUAGGAACCUGCUCGUUGACAGUGUGGUGCAACCCACUGAAAUCUGUGUAUGUGACAUUCCCUGGAGAUGUGAUCAAGAACAUGACAGACAUUCAGUUGGCAGAUGAGUACCUGAAGCGUUAUGGCUACGUAGAUGUCCUGCAGAAGAGUGGAAUGCAGUCAGUCUUGUCCACUUCAAAAGCUUUGAAGAAGCUCCAAAAGCAGCUCGGACUGGAUGAGACGGGGACACUUGACAAAACCACACUUGAUGCAAUGAAGCAGCCUCGUUGUGGGGUCCCAGACAUCCGCAACUAUCAGACUUUUGCAGGGGACCUGAAAUGGGACCACAAUGAUGUUACAUACAGGAUUCUGAAUUAUUCUCCCGACAUGGAAGCCACUUUGAUCGAUGACGCCUUUGACAGAGCUUUCAAGGUGUGGAGUGAUGUGACCCCACUGACUUUUACCCGCCUCUAUGAGGACACUGCUGACAUCAUGAUCUCCUUUGGGAAAACAGAUCACGGUGAUCCCUAUCCAUUUGAUGGAAAAGACGGCCUGCUGGCUCACGCCUAUCCUCCGGGUGAAGGAAUACAGGGGGAUGCCCAUUUUGAUGAUGAUGAAUACUGGACACUGGGCUCUGGACCAGCAAUUCAAACUCGCUAUGGUAACGCCGAUGGAGCAAUGUGCUCCUUCCCCUUCCUUUUUGAGGGAAGGUCCUACACCACCUGUACCACUGAUGGGCGCACAGAUGGACUCCUCUGGUGUGCCACCACUGCAGACUAUGACAAGGACAAGAAAUUUGGCUUCUGUCCCAGUGAACUUCUCUUCACAUUUGACGGGAACAGCAAUGAGGCACCAUGUGUCUUUCCAUUUGUGUUUCAAAAGGUAAAAUAUACCUCAUGCACCACAGAUGGACGAACUGAUGGAUAUCGCUGGUGUGCCACUACAGCUGACUAUGACACCGAUAAAAAAUAUGGAUUCUGCCCUAAUAGAGAUACAGCUGUGAUAGGUGGAAAUUCAGAGGGAGAGCCAUGCCAGUUUCCUUUCACCUUCCUGGGACAGACAUACACUUCGUGCACCACUGAAGGCCGCAGCGAUGGAAAACUCUGGUGUGGAACUACCAGCAACUAUGACACAGACAAAAAAUGGGGAUUUUGCCCUGACAGGGGAUACAGUCUGUUUCUGGUAGCAGCCCAUGAGUUCGGACAUGCAAUUGGUCUGGACCACUCCAACAUCAAAGACGCUCUGAUGUAUCCCAUGUACAAAUACAUAGAGGAUUUUUCUCUGAAUAGUGAUGAUAUCGAGGGCAUUCAGUAUCUAUAUGGACCCAAAACAGGCCCUGAUCCCACUCCUCCACAACCCAAGACGACCACUUCCUCUCCAACAAGACCCAACCCAAGUGAGACAACAACCUCUGUUUCUACCACAACACAUGUAGUAGUCCCUUCUGAGGAUGCCUGUCAGUUCAAAGAAUUUGAUGCCAUCACUGAAAUCCAGAAAGAGCUUCACUUUUUCAAGGACGGACAUUUCUGGAAGGUUUCAAGCACUGGAGAACGCAAAGGUCCAUUCUUGACAUCUGAGAAAUGGCCUGCCCUGCCAGCAGUCAUUAACACUGCCUUUGAGGAUCAACUCACUAAAAAGCUUUACUUCUUUGCAGAAAAACAGUUCUGGGUAUAUACUGGAAAUGAAGUGCUUGGACCACGUAAAAUUGAAAAGCUCGGCCUACCAAGCAACUUAGAGAGAGUGGAGGGAACAAUACAGAGAGGAAAAGGCAAAGUGCUUCUGUUUAGUGGUGAAAACUUCUGGAGACUGGAUGUAAAGGAUCAGUUGAUAGACAGAGGGUACCCUAGACUCACUGACUCCGUUUUUGGUGGAGUGCCCCUCGAUUCACAUGACGCAUUCCUCUACAAAGGUUUCUUUUACUUUUGCCGGGAAAGUUUCUACUGGAGAAUGAAUUCCAGAAGGCAGGUUGACAGAGUUGGAUAUGUGAAGUAUGACCUCCUGAAAUGCUAAUGACAGCAGUCAUUAGACACAUCCUAACCUGAUGACAGAGCCCUUUUUAAUAGGGAAACCAUUUCUCUUCAGUGUAAAAUGUAGUGAGGUGCAUACAGGCAGAAUGUAUUAAAUUUAAGGUCUCUGUUAUGGGGAUCUUGACUUUAACUGUUACAGGAGAAGAACAGUUUUAGCACUGAAAUUAUGAUAGGCACAUGAAACAGGAUUUUAGGCAUAUUUGUCUGCUUUAACAUGAUCUUUUAAUUUAUUAUUUCAGCGCACUAUAUAACUGCUUAGGUAUAAAUGUCUUUCUGAACAGAACAUUAACAAAAACUUAGAUCUUGUGCUAUAAAACUGUUAAACAGCAGUUUUAACCUAGGAAUUGACUUUAUGUUUUAAAAUGUAGUAGUGGAGUCACUACAAGAACAUUCAGAGAUCAAAUACAUUAAUUGUAGUUUUGUACAACUUGUCCAUUCUCUGUGUUGACCCCACUCAAAUCUUUUCCAAUGCAAAGGUUUAUUUUUAGCCAUAGAGCUAAUAUUGAGAUGUUAUUAAACCCAGAUUUUUGUGUAUUGUAAAAAUAAUUUGCCUUGUGUAAAUUAGGAUAUUGGUAUUAUUAAUUUAAUGGUCCACUUUGCACUUAUUUAUAUGUCUGUUUGUUGCAUUGUUUGUUGUUUACGUUUACUCAAUAAAUUAGUAAAAAUACUA